AUGACAGUUUCCUACAGUCUCGAGGUGGCCAGUGUGAGGUUUGCCGGCUUCUCCAGGCUCCUGUUCAGGUGGAAGGGAAGCAUCUACAGGCUGCUCUACAAGGAGUUCCUGGUGUUUUGUGUCAUUUAUCUGUUUUUCAGUGUGUUUUACAGGUUUCUCCUCACGCGGAGGCAGCAGGAUCUGUUUGAGCGCAUCGCACUUUACUGCGACCAGUUCACUAACACCAACUACAUCCCUGUUUUGUUUGUACUCGGUUUCUAUGUGACCUUGGCCUUUAAUAGGUGGUGGGGUCAGUACACCAGCUUCCCACUGCCUGACAAUCUGAUGAUGGUGGUGUCUGGGAACGUCCACGGCACCGAUGAGAGGGGCCGUCUGCUGAGACGAACCCUCAUGAGAUACGCCAACUUAUCUUCUGUCCUUAUUCUCCGCUCCAUUAGCACAAGAGUUCACAGGCGGUUCCCAACUUUGGACCACAUUGUGGAGGCUGGAUUUAUGACCAUAGAAGAGCUGAAAAAGUAUGAGUCACUGCACUCUGAUUUCAACAAAUACUGGAUGCCUCUGACGUGGUUUUCAAACCUGGCGUCCAGAGCGAGAGAGGAGGGCCGAGUGAGGGAUGACAUAGCUCUGAGGCUGCUGAUGGAUGAGCUCAAUAACUACAGAUCUAAGUGCAGCCUGCUGUUCCACUACGACUGGAUAAGCAUCCCUCUGGUCUACACUCAGGUAGUAACUAUUGCAGUUUACUCGUUUUUUGGCUUCUGUGUGAUCGGCCGACAAUUCCUGAACCCCGAGAAAGGUUACAAGGAUCACAAACUGGACUUGUACAUCCCUGUUUUCACCCUGCUGCAGUUCUUCUUCUACGCCGGCUGGCUCAAGGUGGGAGAGCUGAUCAUCAAUCCAUUUGGCGAGGAUGACGAUGACUUUGAAACCAACCAGCUGAUUGACAGAAACAUUCAGGUGUCGAUGCUGGCUGUGGAUGACAUGUACCAGAAUCUGGCUCCAAUAGCAAAGGACAAACACUGGACACAGAGACACUUCUCCAUCCCUUACACUCUGUCGACAGCAGCAGAGGCCCUCAGGCCAGCAUUCAAAGGUUCCACCUAUGACAUGAGGAUGAGUGCUGAAGAUCUUGAGAUUCACCGGCCUGGAGGCGAUCUUCUGAACAAACAGUAUUUGCACCUUCAGAGCUCUGUGAGUGACGGGCUCAACAGCCUUCUGCAGUGGGGUAAAGGCCUCGUGCGCGGUGGGAGCCUCCCUUCUCUCAAGGACGUCUCAUCAAUCCCAAAUGAGGCAGAAGGGACUGAUGAAGGUGCCAGAGAUGCUACCAAUCACAAUGAACAAGAAAAGGCACUAAUUAAAGUUGUAGUUGAACACAACUAA